UUUAAGAAAAAUAAAAUUAAUGUAAAGGAUAAGGAGUUCAAGUAUUAGACUAAUAAAAUAUAUGCUUUAUAUAGGCUUUGUUCCGACAUUUUUACCCUGUUCCGCAAUUGUGACUUCUUAAAAAAUCCUGUUCCGUAAUUGUGACUACCCAUAUCUCAGUCGAAUUGAAUGUAAAAUUUAAAUAUCUGUUGAGAAACUAAACAAAGCGUCUAUUUUUAUCGGAAAAUGGAUGGGCAAUGCCUAGAUACUUUUAGUUUUUCCAUAGGUCUAACCAUUACGGAGCAAAAAAUUGAAAACUAAAAGUAGCUGCAAACUGUUCCGCAAUAGUGACUCUACUCUAUUUAGAUUCCAAUCAUAUCAAAAGGCCAUGGCCAUGACAGAUUAAUUAAACUAUAAUGAAUUUAGUGAUUGAAACAGUUUUCAAAAGGCCAAACUUGUUCAAACUUAGAUGUAUUUGUGCAUUAUUGACUAAAACGAGGACAUGGAAAUUCCAUGAUCUACCUGUCCGACAUUUUUCUAAACUUCAUAAAAUAGAUAAUGUUGGAUUCAUACACGUGAGAAAUUUUUUCCUCUGUAGAGCCUCCUCUGUUACUAGGACAUCAAAACAUUUAUACUUGAAGCCAAAUUUGAUAAUCAUGAAGCUGGAUUCCCCCGAAUUUCAUUCUAUCUUUACUCCGGAACUCAACUGCUUAAUAGAUUUAUUCAAGAAAUAUAACUAUGAGUUAAGAAUAGCUGGAGGGGCUGUUCGUGAUCUUCUUGAUGGCAAAGUGCCGGUGGAUCUUGAUUUCGCCACAACGGCAACACCUGCGGAAAUGAAAGAAAUGUUUACAAAGGAGAACAUAAGGAUGCUGAACAUGAAUGGAGAAGCCCACGGGACAAUAACAGCAAGAGUAAAUGACAAAGAAAAUUUUGAGAUAACAACAUUAAGGAUUGAUGUGGUCACUGAUGGAAGAAAGGCAGAGGUAGAAUUUACAAAAGACUGGAUGCUGGAUGCAAAUAGACGUGAUCUUACGAUUAACUCUUUAUUUUUAGACUUUGAGGGCCAAGUUUAUGAUUAUUUUAAUGGUAUUGACGAUUUGAAACACCACCGAAUACGUUUUGUUGGAAGUGCAGAGCAAAGAAUACAAGAAGAUUAUCUCCGUAUUUUAAGGUACUUCAGAUUUUAUGGAAAAAUCGCCAAUGACCCAGACAAACAUGAGAAUGAAACUCUAGAUGCAAUAAGAAACAAUGCUGAAGGUUUAAAAAGAAUUUCUGGUGAAAGAAUUUGGAUGGAAAUGAAGAAAAUCCUGAUGGGACGUUAUCCAGCCCACAUUAUACAGAGUAUGAUUCAAGUUGGCUUAGGUCAAUACAUUGGUCUUCCCAGAGCAAACAACUUUAAAGAGCUGUUCUCAGUUUGUGAGAGAACUGAAGGCCAAAACUGUCACCAUAUGACACGCAUGUCUGCAUUACUUGACGAUGAAGUAGAUGUGUACACUUUUCAUGAAAGAAAUAAAUUAUCCAAUGAGGAACUGCAGCUAGCAUUGUUCAUUGUUCAACACCGUGGUGACGCAAUGGGGGAGGACCUCAUGUCUUACUGCACUGAUUUGCAUUCCGACUCAUCUGGGACAGAACAGAAAGUGAUCAGUAAAAUUGUGGAGCUGAUGAAAUACUGUGGCCACAAAAAAACUGCAGCAGAGUUUCCAGCACUGAAAUUGCCAGUACUUCCUGUGACAGGUCACGACCUGACUCAAAGAGAUGUACCACGAGGGCCAAAGAUUGCUCUAACUUUAAAUGAACUUCGUAAAAUUUGGAAAGACAGUAGAUACACAUUGAGUAAAGAAGAACUUCUGGACAAAAUACCUGAAGUCUUGGAACGGAUUCCAGACAAUUUGAAGAAAAAAAGGAAGAAAUGAACAUUGAGUGUGUGAAUGUGACAUAUUAUUUUUUCUGGUGUGAAUGUGUAACGGUUAAUUAUUUUUUCUGUUGCCCCUGGUAUCCAGUUUGAUGUUCAGGUAGUGCAACAAGUCAUUACCAAGCAUUAGCAUGGACUCCUAAAUGUCUAUUAUUAUAUACACAUUUUCAAGGCAUUUAUCUUCUUCCUUUCUUGUAAAAUGUUUCACAUUAUUUGUACAAAAUUCAAAUUUCAGGGCAUUAAACUUUUUAAAAACAAUUAUUUACAAGACUAAAAGUAGUUAACAAUUAUUAAAAUGUUAUAAUGUGUGAAAUAACAAUUGAUUAUACAGAUAUAAGGCCUGUCUUCCUGUCUGAAGUUACAGGAGUGCAGCAUUUCACAUGGCUGUGCAGUCUUGUCUUUUGCCACAUUCAGCGCAUACAUAGACUUUGUUUGCUGGUGAUCACUUUCUCUUUUUGAUGUCUGCACCGCAUCCUCGGCAGUUUUCCUAUGGUCUCAUAUGUGUGUCCCGCAGCUUUUGUAAAAGAUCCAGCUGUCUCGUUUGGACAUAUAAAUGACUAAUUAUACACUACAAAAAGACACAGCUCCCUUUCUUUUCACUUAGUUUUAUGACUGGGUUCCAAACUCAAUAUCACUUACACUUGAUUUUUUAAAUUACAUUAUACUCAUAUAAAGUAAAUCAUCUCCAGUAAUAUAUAGUUAGUCUUGCUCUCUGAUGCUGGUGAUGCAAUAUCCAUAUCAAUUAGUUAAUAGCACAAGAACUAGGUCAGAGACAAACGAAAAAGUGAUGGUACUUGGUAAUGACAAACAAAAGUCACUGAGACAUUUACUAUUCAUCUAGUACUUAAUUAAUCAUCAUAUUUCUAGUUAGUGAUAGUCCUCAAGGGUCUACAGUCAUAGUUAGUCAACAUGUGAGUGAGAAAACUAUUUCAAUUUCAAACUCACAGGCGAUCGGCCUACCCUACCAGACUAAAAUAGCUUUGAAAAAAAAAAGUAAGAAACUUAUUGACACGGAUUGCAAUGAAGUUAUUAGUACUGGUAAUAAACAAUCUACUUGGAAACACAGCAGACAUCUGCAAAGUGAAUGCUAAUGUGAUGACUUCAUUUCAAAUUUAUAAGAAUUUGUUGGUCAACUUUUGCCUUUAAUUCUCAGAAAUGACUUUCAUUUUGUUUUGUUUCUAAAAAGAAAAACAAACUGCAUAUCCAUAUGUUGCACAGAAUCAUCCAAAGAAUAUUGGGCUGUUGAUAAAACAUUUAUCCAGGCACGACAUGGCCUAAAUUGUGCCGAUGUGCCUCAAAUCAACAAAAUAAAACAUUUAUUACUAGUACCUACUGUCAACUUAAAAAAAAAGUUUUGUUCAAUUUCUGAAUUACUGUUUUAUGAACUUGAUAUUUGUUAGUUUUUCAUGUGUAGUGGUAAAGCUCUUCCAUCAGCUUUACCGCGAGCCUUGCCCCAAGAAGUCCAACAGCUCAAACUCAGAUGCUUUCUAUUAAGUUUAGCAUUGAGAGGGGUUUUAAGGGCAGGUGUCUCCUAAUACCUCUACUGAUUCAUGGUUGGAAGAAUAGCAUAGCUAAACAUGUUCUUUAACCAUUCUGAAAGUUGUUUCCUACAUAAAACCAAAGGAAUAAAUAAUAAGGCAGGGCUAGUAGAGUAUGCAGUGACCUAUAUAUCACACCUAUUUUUUUAUUUCAAUUUUCUGAAGGGACAUAUUUUUCUUUCUAAAAGUUUUUUUGAGUUCUUUAUGAGGUUCCUUGCAGACCUUUUUUUCUUGUGGUAUUCUUGCCAGGGAUUCCUAAAUAGGAGUCUGUUCUGUCCAGCAAUUGUGUACAUUCACUAGAUAGUUAUAAUAAAUAAUCAUUUGUAAUAAUGCAUUUCUAUAAAUUUGAGAAAAGGAAGCAUCUGAGCAAAAACAAAAAUCAAGUAAAUAAGACUAAAAGACCAAGUCAAAUGUUUUUAUAUAAAUUUAUUGAUAUAUUUGUAUAUGGUAUAUUAGUUCAAGGAUAAAGUUAACAUUUGAUAUGCUCAGGUUCACACAAACAGGAAGUGAACAAUGCACAAGUCCAACAAAGAGAGUACAGCCAACAUUUCUACCAAACUCAAAUGUCUAUACUAACAAAAACAUUAUGUGUAGUCACUCUUCAGGCUCACUGUAUGUGUCGUUACACUGACAUGAUUAUAUCUAGAAAGAAUUUGUGUUUAUUUGUUCUGAGUCAUUUUAUAUAUGUGUGUGUGUGUGAGCUAUACUUUUUUUCUGGGACUGUCACAUGCAAGGGCAAGACUCCCCUAUAGCUAAGACUUGUAAUGUUACCCUAAACCGUGAAUUCCCAAUUGCUGAAAGACAUGUUUCCAAGACUUACAAAGGGUUCUUUUGCAAGGAACAGAAAAGAGAGUUAAGUGCCUUUCAACACUAAUGGUACCAUUCUUACAUAUAUAACAAAUUUAGUAUUUCAUUUACAUCAGUCAAUAGGGUAUAGUGUGUAAUCACAUAUUAGUUCUACAUUUUGACUAUACAAAAAAUACAGAGCAGCCAUUUCUGGCAGUUUUAUACAAAAAUCAAUUUCCAAUCAAUGUACAUUGGCAAAAUGAAUAAUGUAACUGCCUUUCUGAAACAAUAUAUUAUGAUUAACAAUAAAAAAUAGUUUUCUUUACACAAACAAUUGAAUAUGAAUGUAUAGGAAAGAAUUAACCAAAAAAAAAAUGAAAUGAAUUUCUGCUUUAUAAAAGAAACAGCUUAAAACUUGUUUUCCAUAGGGGCUCUACUUCAUUGUGAGUAAAUAGUUCAUCAGGUUUGAUAAAGAUGAACAUUGGAAGACAACAUGUUUUGAUUGGUCAUGACAUUGUUGAGAACAAUUAUUUUCUUGCAACAAUAUUUGUUUAAUGCUGUCAAGCAAAAUCUAUACAAUGGUUAGAGCCUCUUUUAAGCUCGAGUUUUUUUGUUUUAGUCUUGACACCAAAUAAAACUAUUUUGUUGUUUUUUUUUGUCCCCACCUAAUGCAACAAUUUUGGAAUAGUGUGAAUAGCAAAACAUCAAGGAAAGUGUCUUUUGCUUGCUCCAAGCCAGAUAAUCCUAUUGCUAUAAUUGCUAUUAACAUACUAGAAUGAUACAACUGGAGAACACAAAAUUGGCAAUAAAAUGGUCACAUUAGAGCCACAAACGUUUGUAGCUACAAUAAAAUUGUUGGCUAACAACUUUUAUAGCCCAAGGGAAAAUGAUGCAGUUAGCUACAAAAAAGUAUUGCCUGAUCUGCUGGGAAUAAGUGUUAUUAGACACAGUCAUUUAGGGGAGGCCACUCAAGUCUGUGGUUCUUACAUAGUUCCAUCUCAUUAUCCUAGUCUGCAUACUUGCGUGUCUUCAUUAAAAAAUGUCAAUUGUAACAACUUUAAGAUAAAUAUACAGUGACAUGAAAUUGCACUUUGUUUGUUUACAAUCAAAAUAAAAGAAAGGGAUUAAACUAAACAUGUCAACCAAAAUAUCAAUAAAACAAUUGA